GGGGCCGAGAGUGCGCGCAGCUGCCUCCUGGCUGCGGAGCCCCGGGCGACCCGGGGCUCUAGAGUUCAGACCGAAUGGUGAGAUGCCCUGUUUGUGACUGGGUGGGACAGAAGACGUGAUGUGAAGGGAUCUGGGAACCGAGACCCAGGAAUCCCACUUGGGAAGCCUCCCUUCCUCUUUGACCCUCGCCCUUCCCGGGACUCCCGCGGCGACCUCCGCCCGCGGCCAGAGUCGCCGACCGACAGCCACUGGUCGGAGCAAUGGUGCCACCUAGCGGACCGUGUCGGAACGACCCACGGUGGCGGCGGCGGGGACCCCAGCCUUGAGGAGGUGCUAAUGACGGGCUGGGGUGGCGCUUCAGCACCAUCGUGGGUCGGACAGCGCCUCCCCCCAACCCGCCCUGGCCCUGGAAACCCGGCUUCCGACCCCCUAGGAAGGGACCCAACGGAAGACCCUGAAGGAACUCCGAACCUCCCUAGACUGCACCUGACAGCCCUCGGUGACCUUCAGUUUGUGAAGCUGGAAUUCAGGAACCCAAAGCUCUCCCUUCUCUAAACCCCCUCUUCUAACCUCCCUGUCCAGCCUGGGUGGUGGGGACUAAGCAGCCCAGGGCUGCGGAGGGGAGGGUCACGCAUUUGACUCUUCAUACUACACUUUUCUAACGCCGGGCUCCUCAAGUUUUACUAGAGAGAAGCCCAGAGGCGGGCUGGGGAUAGGAGAGGGGAGCGCCUCCAAAUCCAGAAACCUGCAAGCUCUCCGCCCCCGGAAUCGAGGCACAUGUUUGUGGGCAGCCUCUAGGACCAAGGACACCGAGGAAAGUGGAAAGCAGUGUCCCGGAGCUCUUCGCUGCCCGAUCCAGGUCCCAGAAGCUGCCCCAGCGCUCGCAUGGCCCCAAGGACUUCCUCCCCGACGGCUCAGCGGCCCAGGCUGAGCGACUGCGAGUGUGCCGCGAGGAGCUCUGGCAGCUACUGGCGGAGGAGCGCGUGGAGCGCCUGGGCAGUUUGGUGGCCGCCGAGUGGAGACCGGAAGAAGGCUUCGUGGAGUUGAAGUCUCCUGCGGGUAAAUUCUGGCAGACCAUGGGCUUCUCAGAGCAGGGCCGGCAGCGGCUUCACCCGGAAGAGGCCUUGUAUCUGCUGGAGUGUGGCUCUAUCCAGCUCUUCCACCAAGACCUUCCGCUGUCUAUCCAAGAGGCCUACCAGCUGCUGCUGACUGAAGACACCGUGACUUUCCUGCAGUACCAGGUCUUCAGCCACCUGAAGAGACUGGGCUAUGUGCUUCGACGAUUCCAAGCAAGCUCCGUCCUGUCCCCUUACGAGAGGCAGCUGAACUUGGAUGGCAGUGUCCAGCGCUUGGAGGAUCGGAAUGGCAAGAGGAAGAGGAGGAGCUCCAGCUCUCAGUCCAUUAAUAAGAAGCCCAAGGUCCUGGAGAACCCCCUGCAGGGGGUGGAUGGGACACGCGAGAGCCUGGCAACCUCCAGCCCACCUCCCCGAAACCAGAACAGCCGAUGUCCAGAGGAGAAAUCCCAGGAGUCAAGCCCCGUAAAGGGCCCCAUGGGCCCCUUUCAGCUUCUGGGGUCCCUGGAGCCCUGCCCUCGGCUGGCCAGGGAGGGGGUGCGGUGCAGCCAGGAGAGUGGCAAAAUGGAGAAUGGGGUCAAGGGGGCUUGCAAGCCACGCUGGAACUUUGAGCAGAUCUCCUUCCCCAACAUGGCUUCAGAUAGCCGCCAUACCCUCCUGCUUGCCCCCGCCCCAGAGCUGCUCCCGGCCAACGUGGCAGGGCGGGAGACAGACGCUGAGUCCUGGUGCCAGAAGCUAAACCAGCGGAAGGAGAAGCUCUCCAGGCGGGAGCAACAGGCGGAGGCCCAGCACUUCCGGGAGGAUGUAAACUCGGAUCCCGAGGUGCAGCGCUGCUCCAGCUGGCAGGAGUACAAGCAGCUGCUGCAGAGGCGGCACCUGCAGAAGACCCAGAGCCGCCCCCCACACCUGUGGGACCAGCCUGUCACGCCCUUGCUGAGUCCCGGUCAGGCAGACUCCCCAGCCACAGUCCUUCAGCAAAUCUCUGUGCUGCAGACGACACACCUUGCUGAUGGAGGUGCGCGGCUGGUGGAGAAGUCUGCGGGCUUGGAGAUCAGCUUUGAUGUUUACCAGGCCGACGCCGUGGCCACCUUCCGAAAGAAUAACCCUGGCAAGCCCUAUGUCCGGAUGUGCAUUAGUGGAUUUGAUGAGCCAGUCCCAGACCUCUGCACCCUCAAGCGGUUGUCCUACCAGAGCGGGGAUGUUCCUCUGAUCUUUGCCCUGGUGGAUCACGGAGACAUCUCCUUCUACAGCUUCAGGGACUUCACGCUACCCAGGGAUCUGGAGCACUGACCACGCAGCUCUGGCAGGGCCUGGGGUCUGCUCUGAGGGACCUGGACUGUCUACUCUCAGGGACCAUCUCAGUUGCCUCCUACACCCAGACUCUGACCUGUAGCUUCAGAGGCUAGUCUGGGCCUUGGCCCUGGGUGUCUGAUGCUUGCAGGAGAGGGGAGCUUUGCUCCCCCUACCUGGCUGCUGCAGCGCUUCCAUGCCCCAGGCCUGAGAUUGCUGCCUUGCAGUAAAUCCCCUUGGAACUCAGGACUAGAUUUCAGAGACCAGCGAGGCGGGGCAGAAGAGAGGACUCCGUGCCUUUAAAUGAGAGGGUGCCUGCUUCUUGCGAUAAAGCCAAAGCCAUUAAAAAAUAGAUCCCUUUUCUGCUGUGGCUGGAUAUACUGGACGAGUCCUCCCUACCCACCAUCCCAUUGUCCGUGGAACUGGCCCCCAGGCCCUCACCCCUGCUUUAUCCACCCACAGAGAGCGCUGUGUUCUCUGGUGCUAGAGCUAAGAGCAACCCUCGGGAGGGCAGGAAUGCGACCCGACCCUUUCUCGGGGAAGUCACUGACUUCUAGCUAGCUUGGCUUUCAGAAGGGUAGUCCGA